UGAGCAGCAGUGUGGGAAUCGCUUUCGCAGCACUGCUGUCAGAAUUGCUUCACUUCCGUUUUGUGUUUGCCAGAUACAGGACUGCGUACUCAUCAUACAGAACAGCGAAUUGGAGUUGGAGUUAAGCGAAAAGAGUCUGGAACAUCGCACGAAUCGUAAAACGUGCGGAACGAACACAAAGGAAGAGGAACCUGGUGUGCGUGUGUGUACGUGUGUGUUAGUGUGUAUGUGUAUGUGUGUGAGCUGUUGGAAGCACGGAGCAAAGUGGUGAGAAAAAAUUCAAGCCACCAGCUGUAGGCAAAAGAGGGAGAAAUAGCGAAGCAAGACAAAGAGGCAACGAAGUACGCGGCUUCCUCUCGACAGCAAUCGAAAAUUGGCAACAAAAAUCCCCCAUAUCUGCAAUAGCUGCUACUACUUCUACGUCGACGGCAGGGCCAAAGAUCUGUCCGCGGCAUACAGCGUGCACGUCGCAUCUCGUCCAACCCGACCGAUCGGCUGACUGAGUGGGGAAGUUCUUCGACCCCAACAUCCCGGACGUCCAAUGUCAGAACCUCAGUCGUCCCUGCUGCUUAAGAAACAACUGGCGGAGCUGAGCAAAAAUCCUGUGGAAGGAUUUUCAGCCGGUCUGAUCGACGACAAUGACAUCUUCAGAUGGGAAGUACUCAUCAUUGGACCUCCAGAUACUCUAUACGAGGGCGGAUUCUUCAAGGCACACCUCCACUUCCCGAAGGAGUACCCGUUGAGACCGCCGCGCAUGAAGUUCGUCACAGAGAUCUGGCACCCGAACAUCGACCGCAAUGGUGACGUUUGCAUCAGCAUCCUGCACGAGCCGGGCGAUGACAAGUGGGGCUACGAGAAGGCAUCGGAGCGCUGGCUUCCGGUGCACACGGUCGAGACGAUUCUAAUAUCGGUCAUUUCGAUGCUGGCCGAUCCGAACGACGAGUCGCCGGCGAACGUGGACGCGGCGAAGGAGUGGCGAGAGGCGUAUCCGGAAUUUAAGCGAAAGGUAGCCCGGUGUGUUCGGAAGAGUCAGGAAGAUUGUUAGUAGCAUUUAUAAUACUUUUUUUUUAAAUUGUCUUAUAUUUAUUAAUUAAUUAAUGUACGGAUUACACUUACCUAAAAUGAACGAAAGAAAGGCAUUGAAGGAUCAAGUAUCGCUAUCACGUCUACUACUAGUGUGUCACCAUUAUUCUUCUAUCCCACUAUCACCUACCGGUAUCUCUAACUGCUGCCAGUGUCGCUAUACUUACCUUCUCGUACUAUGACGGUUCGCUACUACAACUGCACACACACACACGCACGCACACGCAUGGUUCAACAUUCAAACUUUUUAUUUCACAAAAGAAAGUAUACUAUCAGGAAAAUACGAACGCUUUUGUGUUUGGCGUGGUCGUCGUGCCUGUCGUGCGCUGGUUGUGUGAGUUAACGGAAAGAAACUCCGUAGUGUGAUGGAUGAAGGUGAUCUGUACCAGUAAAGUCUAAACAGCCCCUUUUUGUAUGGCCCUCCUUGCGUCUCCAGAAACGCUGCUAACAAAAUGUGAAGUUGUAUGGACUGUGAUUGAGCGAGGAGAGCAUGCUUCACAUUUUGCAGCUGAUCACAAUCUUAAGCCCGAAUUAUAAACCAAGCGUUGCGCAUGAAUCGCCGAUCACGGUUCCGUGUGUUACUUGUAUGCUUUAUUUCGCCUAUCUACGUAUAUGAUUGCGUCGUGAACAUUUCGCAAACGUGACUGACACAUGAUUUAAAGCUAUCUUCAGACGCAAUCCCCUAACGAACUGAGCGUUAUUAUUGUAUCUUUAAAAAAAUGAUAGCGCCUUCUGCAGCAAAACAACACAAACUGAACAGUUGUGUACACUUUACGGCGGGUUGGGCUUUGAGGACGACGAACAUUUGAUACUCAGGAACUUAAAACUACUACAAACAACUUAUUACAAUUACGCGAGGAACCGGAAAGGAGGAAAAGGGAAAGAGAAGUGUAGAGAUGAUAAUGCGAUGAAAAGCAAAAGAACCCUAAAUCAUCUUGUGGAUUGUGUGUAAUUUCCACGAAGAGCGAACCGGAAAGGGAGACAAAUAAGGAAAGCCCAGCAUAAUCAACGAAUCUAUCCGCUUUAUUGUGCUUACUGUGUGUGUAACCCGGCUCAAAGAUCGACGUGUUUCAACAGUGCUUCAACACGUUCAAUACUUCAUCAGUUUUGUUAGAAUGAGCUCCCGCCACAUUUCUACGUUGUAAAUAGCCCUGUUUUACAAGAUCACCCAAGCUUUUCGAUUCGAUUGCUCGAUUCUACCUAACGUAUUUGCACCUAAAUAACUAAGGAGCCCCGGCGGUCAACGUGCACUCUGCUCUGGUCGGAGUGGUGGUCAGUGUGGGAAUGUAGACUAACAGCAGCAGCCAGCAGGGUUCGUUCAGGGUAGGCUAAACACCAUGAUGAAUCCUGAACAUGAUUAGGCUUGUAAACGCGUGGCAGUUACUAUGAUACAUGCGACCUAGGAGAUGGCGGAUUACCUUAUUUCUGGAUGUGGUAGACCUUUAUCCCGUACUGAUUUAAAAUAACUAUGCAACGCAAUACGAAUCAACAGCUACAUUUAAUCAUACUGAGGAAAUAAGAAGUAUUGUGUUUGAGGCACACGUGCGAAUAAUGCAAUACUAAGCCGGCCAGAUGAUUCCAGAUGACUCAAACGGCAGGAUAGCAACGAUGAUUGAAGUUUAGAAGAAAAAAAAAAUAAAGGCAGCUUAGGUAGGAAUAGGAAAGGAAACAAAAAGGUAUCGGCAAACGAGUUAUGCGGUGGGUGGGUGACAUAAUUGAUACCGAAGUGAUGAGUGUUGGGCAAUGAUCGUGCAUCUAAGCCUGUGUAAGAGUAGUGAAGUAAUAGAAAAAAAAACUAGCAAAAAAAAAAAAACAAAAACAGCAUAACAAUAAUAAACCCAAUGGCUACAGCAUAACAGAACGAUCGAGCCCUCAGACUGAUUCAGACGUGAGUGCUAAAGAUGUACUGUAUUUUCAUUCAUUUUGCGUUCAGUUUUUGUGUAUGAUCAGUACGUUCCUUUUGCGUUUCCAUUUAGUUCAAAAACAGUUUUACAAAGGAGAAAAUAAACUAUAAUUUUCCCUGUCCUAAAUACCCUACACCUAUGUAAGCGUGUAUCUCUGUGAAGCGACGGACAACUACUGUGAGCGAAUACGGGCUCACGCGUUAACAUUUAGGAGACACAUGCAUUGGCCGAUACCAUAAGUGAGACAAUUGUAAAACAAUUUAAAAAAAAAAUACAAAUAAAGAUGAUCUACAUACAG